GGCAGUCUGAUGUUUAUAUAGCAAGUGUUAUCUCCCUAGUGAACCCAAACAGUUUUUUUGACAAAAUACAUGAAUUCGGUAAUACUCCAAGACAUUAUUUACCACCAUUAUCAGUUGUGCAUGUAAUGAGCUUUGGAAGCCAUGGAAGCAGGGUUUGGUGUUUCAAUAGAACGGAAAUAGCAGACAGCUUGAAUGAAUUGAUAUGUAAAUUUUAGAGGGAAUGUCUUUAGUAUUUGUUUCAUCUGCAUGCUUCUAUUGAUGUAGCAGUCUGCGAUUGUUUGUAUCUUUAAAUGGGAAAUACAAAAGUCAGAUUUUUAAUGUGAGUGAAACAAGUAUGAAAUGUAUCAACACUGUGGCCAUGUUUAUGGAAAGACUACAUAUACAUGUAUAGAGAAAAUGAUGAGACACUAGAUAAGAUGUGGAUAUGAUUAUAGUAUUAUGUACACUGUGCAAUAUGUUACAUAUAUACCAGUAAAUUAUGUCAUAUUUUGAUUGUUCGGAUCAUUCGGAUACCUUAGAGGAUAUAGAAGAAGAAGAUGAAGAAGAAGAGGAGGAGUUGGAGGUUGGGACAUCGGAAGAAGAUGAAAUAAUAAUUGAAGGCAGCCAUGAUCAUCAUGAUCUAGAAGAUUUAGAUGAUGAUCCUACUAACUGGCUGGCACCAGAAGAUGAAGAAGAAGAAGAUGGAACAUCAAAUGUUGAUGUUAUUUCACCUGAACAAGAACUAUUUUCUCUCAUGCAACAACUAGAUGAUGAACGGAACUGUAUAUUACGAGAAGCUGAAGAAGAAAAUAAACAGAGGAAAUGGUUCUAUGAUCAGUUAGAAGUAAUUAGUAGUAAAAUUGAUAAUAUACCCAUCCCAGAACAGUAUAAUUUACAAACAGACAUGACUAGAAGACAAUUGGAAUAUGAUGCUAAACAGCUGACUGAAACAUUGCAUGAAAAACUAGGUACCGGAGAUCAAAUAGCCUUAAGACAAAGUGCCAGAGUUCAACGUUUACGCACAAUAGAAGCAGAGAUGAUGGAGUUACAAAAACGACGUCAUCAAAUACAGAUGGCUGAACUUAGUGCUGCUAAGAAUGUAUUGAAAGAUGUAGCUGUUAAUACAAUCAUUUGUGGAGAGGUAUUUGUACCGAAGCCUGGAUGCGACAAUAACAGUUACACAUCAGACAAAAGAAUGAUUACUUCAAAUACUGGUAAAUAUCUAGUUUGUAUAGCCACUCAAACGUCAGAUGUCGUCCUUCAAGAGCUUCCAGCAGACGGCAUGGAGGAUGGUAUUCCAUGUACGCAGAACUUGUCUUCCAUGUAUCAUGGUGCAUGGCCAAAUGUCAAAGAUGAAGAUGAAGUUAGAGAAAGUGAUAUGGCUUCUACCCAUCAUCCUGAUCUAGCUAGUGUAAUGAGUUUCAACUCGGAGACGUCUGGACGUCAACCACCACCAGCUAUUGAAUUUGAACCUCCUCCUCCAUCCUCACAACAACUGGGAACAAGGGUUGAAAUGGUAUAUUCAUUGUUAUCAAUGUUGGGUACCCAUGAUAAAGAUGAUAUGAGUAGAACAUUGCUAGCUAUGUCUUCAUCACAAGAUAGUUGUAUAGCUAUGAGACAGUCAGGAUGUUUGCCAUUAUUGAUUCAACUAUUACAUGGUAGUGAUAAAGAUUCUGGUUUGUUGGGUAAUACAAGAGGUUCUAAACCAGCUAGAGCUCGCGCUUCAGCUGCCCUACAUAAUAUAGUUCAUUCUCAUCCUGAUGACAAGAGAGGUAGAAGAGAGGCGAGAGUUUUACGUUUAUUAGAACAGAUACGAGCCCACUGUGACCAACUACGUAAUGAUUCUGGUGAAGAAGAUGAUGCUUUAAAUGAAGGUGCAAAUGCAGCAGAAAUUGAUCAUCAGCCUGGUCCUGCAAUAGCAGCAUUGAUGAAACUGUCUUUUGAUGAGGAACACAGACAUGCUAUUUGUACACUUGGUGGUCUGCAAGCUAUAGCUGAAUUAUUACAAGUUGAUAAUGAUGUUUAUGGUAAUACUACAGAACAAGUUAAUAUAACUAUGAGGAGAUAUGCCUGUAUGUCUCUUACCAAUCUUACAUUUGGAGAUGGAACAAACAAGGCAUUAUUAUGUUCUAUGAGAGGUGCCAUGGCUGCUCUAGUUGAUCAACUAAACUCAUCGAAUGAAGAUCUUUGUCAAGUUGCUGCUAGUGUUUUACGCAAUCUCUCAUGGCGUGCAGAUUUAGCCAGUAAAAAAAUAUUACGUGAAGUGAAUGCAGUAAAAACAUUAACGGUAGCCUCUAUGAAGGUGAAAAAGGAACCAACUUUCAAAAGUAUUUUAAGUGCUCUGUGGAAUUUAUCUGCCCAUUGUACAGAAAACAAGGCUGAUAUAUGUGCCGUAGACAAUGCAUUAGAGUUUCUUGUUAGUAUUUUAACAUACAAAAGUCCUUCAAAAACAUUAGCCAUUAUUGAAAAUGGUGGUGGGAUUCUGCGUAAUGUUUCCAGUCAUAUAGCUGUUCGUGAAGAUUAUCGUAAAGUUCUUAGACAACAUGGAUGCCUUCAAAUCUUGUUAAAACAUUUAAGAUCUCCCAGUUUGACUAUUGUUAGUAACGCUUGUGGUACGCUGUGGAAUCUUUCGGCUAGAUGUCCUGAAGAUCAACAAGCUUUAUGGGAAAUGGGAGCAGUUAGCAUGUUACGAAAUCUUGUUCAUUCUAAGCACAAAAUGAUUUCAAUGGGAAGUGCUGCUGCAUUGAAAAAUUUACUGUCAGCAAGACCUAAUUUGAAAAACAUUGAUUUUGAUAGACAUUCUCAAUCUGGUCGACCGUCAUUACAUGUUAGAAAACAACGUGCAUUAGAAGCUGAACUAGAUCCUAAUCUUGCUGAAACCUGUGACAAUGUAGACAGUCCACGAGAAAGUCCAAACAUACAAAAUAAAGAAAAUGACAAUCGUAGAUUUGUGCUUAGUAAUACAAGUAAACCAGGAGACAGUGAUUCACCUAGAAGACCUUUGAUUCGUGGUGUAUUGUGUAGGCGUGGCAGCAGCGAAGGUGUUAAUGUCCUAGAUAACAGAUUAAGAUCACCACAAAGGGUUGCUCGCUCUGGAAGUCAAGACAGUGUCGGCAGCACUCAUUCCGACAUAUCACACGAUAGAUCCCGUGUUCAUAACAUGCUUGCAAAAAGUUCCCGACUACUGUAUGAACGGCAAGGUGGAAGUCUGGAGAGGAAGAGAGAAAAUGGUCUUCAUAGAGUUAGCUCAGAUGGAAAUUGUGACAAUGCACAUCAUCCUAAAAACAGAAUUGUGCAAGCGAUGCAGGAGGUUGCCAUGCAUGUUGGUCUCAAUCCUGCUGCCAAUGAAAUCAAAGACCCACCAAGAAACAUGCGUGCCUUACUGCUUCAGAACACACAGGCAAAAGCUGGGCCAAAUUCACCGAGGAAUAUCAUAUGUUCAAAUAGUCACAAAUCAAACUCCAGUAAUGAUGUCUCAGAAGAACCAAUAAAUUAUAGUUUAAAAUAUCCAGGACAAUCCAACAAAGAGAGCCAUACCUUCCCUUUAAAUAACCGUCAUCCAGCUAAAGUUAACAAUUUCAUGCCUCCUAAUGGACCUGGUGUUAGACCAUCUGUUUAUAUGGUACACAAUAGAUUUCCGGAUCCAUCUUCUAGUCGUCAAGUACCAUCAUUAUUUAAUCAACAAACUAGGCAUCCAGCACCACAGCCAACAAAUUUUGGCAGUUACGCUGAAACAGAUCUAGACAGUGUUGAUCAACCCACUAACUUUAGUCUACGUUACGCUGAACAAACUGAUGAUGAAUAUCAAGAACAACCAAUUAACUACAGUGUAAGAUACCAAGAAUCGGAUCCACAUUGUGCUGAUUGUAAACUGGAAGAGGCUCGGUAUUUGAAUGAUCAAAUGGAACAGGAUAUGACAACCAUCCAUGGAGAUCAAAUGACAACAUUUUGUACGGAGGGUACUCCAUAUUUGUCAACAGCGACCUCUUUAACGGAUUUAGUUGGUGCAGUUAAGGCUGAAAAUGGAGACAAUGCUACAGAUUACAGAGAAGCCCCUGAGGAUGAAAUGCAAGACUAUGGCAACAAAUAUAGUGAAGAAAAAGAAUUACAUGAAGCAAACAACUUCCAUGAUGAUCAACCUAGAAACUUUGCUAUUCAAGAACCAGAAGACCAUGAUUUUGCUCCAAGAGAUAAUAAUGGUGCCAUGGAUCAGACUAAAACUUAUAAUGAGGAAGGAACACCUGUUUGCUUUUCUCGAGUCAGCUCUCUCAGUAGUUUACACAGUAGUGAGGCUAGAGAUCAUCCUGACAAUAGAGCCAAUGUUCUGCAAAGUAUUGAGGAAAAUGAGAAAUCAGAUGCUAUGACAGGAUCAGUCAUAGAGAAAUCAAGUAUUAAAUCUCCAGAUAAUAGAGAAAUGAGUUCUGAAGGUCGAUCUGGUGUACUCAAGGCUAAUGGUAGUUUUAAUUCAGAAAAAGAACACAAAACAGUCACUUUUGAUGACAAUCAUCAUGUGGAAGAAACACCUCUAAUGUUUUCAAGAUGUAGUUCAUUGGGUUCUUUGAGUAGUUUUGAUGCCCAGUCAGUUCACAGUUCUGUUGUCAGUGAAUACAGUCGACGUGCAAGUGAGGUAGUAUCUCCAAGUGAACUGCCAGAUUCUCCAAGUGAAACCAUGCCACCAAGUCCCAAACGUAUUAGAUCUCCAGGACCAAAAUUGAACUUGGAUGAAGAUGACUCGGAAGACGAUACUACAAAAGAAUUCACAGAUGUAGCAGUAUCCCAAGCUCAGCUUAUUAAACCUCUAAAAAACUUAAUCUCUCAUCUCAAAUCUGAUUCUUCUACUUCUACCAAAGUUGAAUCACCUACAGUGUAUGCUGAAGAAGGUCCUCCUCCAGCCUUUUCAGACACCAAUAGUAUAUUAAGCGCCUUGACAAUAGAUGAGGGUGAAAAUGCAAAUAUCAUAACUAGACAAGAAAUCCGAUCAUUUGCUGAAGAAAUAAGUAAUAUGGAGGAUACUGAAAGAGAUGAUGAUGAAGAGGAUAUGGAGCACAACAAUGCACCUGCUGAUGACAAAGAUUCUUCUAUGUCGGAAGUGUCAGAAGGUGAAGAAGACAUUUUAGCGCAGUGUAUAAAUCUGGCAAUGCCACUACCAAAUAAUUCUAGUAGAAAGAUGAGGAAAAGUUCUUCAGAUAAUGCCCUGAAGAAGAAAAAUGGACUUUCCAAAAUUGAUAAUUUAGGCACAAACAAGACCAAGCUACCUACUAAAAGUGUAAAUUUUACAAACAACUCUCUGAAAACUGACAAAACAAACAGUAAGAAUAAACUUCAAGAAGAACAUAACAAAUCUGCUCAGAAUCCAAUAUCAGAAUCUGUUUUGCGCAAUACCUAUCUAGCCAAUUAUGAUAUUGGUAACGAUACUGCCAAAUCAUAUGCUACUGAGGGAACACCAUUAAAUUUCUCUUCUGCUAACUCAUUAACAGACCUGAGUAAUAUUGGAAUUGCAUCUGAUGGUGAUGCCAAACCUGAAGCUCCUCCAAACCCUCAUGAUGAAUCGAAAUCUGACAACAGUUCUUUGUGUGAAGAAAGUGAAGAUAUUUUGCUAACAGAAGUUAUACAAGCUGCAAUGCCAAAAAGUAAAGUAGCAAGACGUCUCAAUCUUGAAGCUCAACAAAAUAAAAGUCUUGCUGCAAAGAGUGUAAAUGCUAACAAAAGCAAGACAAAUGCAUUUCAACCACUUCGCACAUCCAGCCACAUUAAUUCUUCAUAUCAUACUGAUGGUGGUGACAUUAUGAAAACUUAUGCUGAAGAAGGCACCCCCAUAAAUUUUUCUACAGCUACUUCAUUAAGUGAUCUGACAAUGGAAUCUUCAGAUGAUUGGAGAAACUCGGCUGGUCAUUCAGGUGUUCAUUCUACUGCUGUUGUAUCAGGAGCUGCCAAUGACUCUGUUUUCUUGGCAACAGAUCCUGCUGAUUCUCCAAGGGUAUAUCAUGUAGAAGACACACCAGAAACAUUUUCCUGCAAUGAUUCACUUAGUUCUCUUAGCGUAACAGAUGAUGACAUGCUGUCUGGUGAUAAAUUCAUGCUGGGGGCAAAAAAAAGUUUCAGCCCAAAACAAAACAAUCAACUUCCGCUUAGAAAUAACAAGACAGAAAAAGAAUCAAAUAUUGAUCAGGCUAAGAAGUUUGAAGUAGAAAAUACACCAACAUGUUUUUCUAUUAGCUCUUCUCUAAGUUCCCUCACUUCUAUAGAUCACACUGUAAAUGUUCAAGUUAUUAAAGAGGGACAGGUACCUUUUGAACUAGAAGACACACCAGCUAUUUUCUCCAGAAAUAGUUCUCUUAGUUCAUUGAGUAUAGAAUCAUCUAACAAUUAUGACCCAACUCCAUCUGAGCAAGCUCUGUUGGAUGAAUGCAUAAGUUCUGCCAUGCCCAAAAGCAGAGGUAAAGAACAACCAAAGAGACAUAUUCUAACACCUAACAAAUCCAAAAUUGCAACAAGAGGAGGAGUUGACCUGCCAAAAAGUCAACAAGAAAGACCAUCCACAAGGACCCUGUCAUACAGUUGCUCAGAUACCUCAGCCAUUGAACGUGCCACACCCAAACAUAAUGCAUAUCAAGGCUGGCGUCGUGAACCUGCUAAGUCAUGUGAUGAGGCAUCACCUCCUAGCCCUUCCAGCAACAGAUUUGGAUGGAAAAGAUCUCAAUCUCAGGAUGGAAAUAGUUUUAGCGGAAGUGUAGCUUCAUCUCAUAGCCCAAACAGUGAUCAGUCAAGGAAUAAUAUCCGGCGGCCAUUUCUUGGGACUCCGGAAACGGUUAAGAAGAAUCCGCUCUAUGUUAAAGACAAUAAAUUGCUUGAGGAGGCGGAACAAAAUCGGCAGAUCAACAACAGAGGAUCAGCUUCUAUGACAGACUCUACAAGUAGCAAUGAGAAAGUAGACAGCGAAAAAUCAGUUAGUGAAGAGACAGUUUUUCUUGAUGUAACAAAGAGUGCGAGUCAGAAUGAAACUACCAGCUAUGAUGACAUAAUGAAAACAUCUUUCCCUAAAGACAUGGCUCCUGAUACUGAUGAUGAUAUCCUUGAUGCUGAUGAAUUGGAAGACGAUUAUUCAGCCCAUGACAGUGAAUCAGAUAAAACUAUAGCUGCAAUGAAUAAGACUUUAGAAUACAAUGCAAAUUACAAUGAUGAUAGUUGUCUUGUUUCUGGGGAAUGUUCAUUUGAAGAAGAAAUAACUCCAGAGGAUGAGCGCUUGUUAGAAGCCAAUGCCAGCCUUGUUGUGUCUGAAUUAGCCACUAACCACAAUAUGACAGGAAGCACACAAGAUGAAGAUCUUUUCAUUGAAAAUGAAACAUUGUCUCUAGUUUCCAAUGAUUACACCUCUGAUACAGCUUCUGAAAUCUCUAAUUCAUGGUCUCUUAACUCAGAAAAGAUCAGCGAACAGUCUAAUUCUAAUAAUUCAAAGGAAGAAAACAAAUCACAAAGAGGACCAAGGGUUUUGAAACCAGGAGACAAAAAGCCAAUUGAAGUACCUAAGGAAAAUGAAAAGGGUAUCAGAGGAAAGAGAAAGCCACUGUAUAGUAGAUCAGCUUCCACUCCAACAGCUCUGUCUCCCAGAAAUAAACAAGUCAUAGCUAAAGUAUCGCCUAAUAAAACCCCAGCUGUAGUGAAAAACAAUAACCAAACAGCUCUCAAACGUCCAUCUCCUCGUCAACCAACACAGACAGCGGCUAAUACUGCUCGACCUCCUUCAAAACCAACAUACACCCGUUCUUCAUCCUUGCCAAGAACCCCACCAUCCAAUAUAACCUCUAAAUCCCCGGGUCGUUCCACAAAUGCUAACCAGUCAAAGUCGGCCAUUUCUAAAGAAUUAAAUUUAAAACCGAAGAUCAAUACAGCUGAAAGGCCAAGACCCAUUGUCAAACAAGCAACAUUUACCAAAGACACUGUUGCCCAUAAAAAUACACCCACUAUAACAUCAGAAGGCGAUGUAAAUCAAAACAAGGAUCAGACAGACAAAGUUAAACUUCGGGAUAAGCGAAGAAGCUCAGAAAAUACUUCUUUUAAACGUAAUUCUUAUGGAUCAACAGGUUCUAGAAACUCGUCUGAAAUAAAUUCUUCCUGGGCUCAGUCUCUUGAUGGCUUCAACAUGAUGGUUGAUACCUCUAAAGAAAAUGGUUAUGAGGCCCCAUACAAACAAAUACAUAUGCAGAGAAGUUCUAAAGAUGCACCAGCAUCAAUGAAGAGAACACUUAGCAACACUAAUACAUCUCCAGCUAACAAAAAGGUAUCAAAUAUUGCAAGACCUAUAAAUUCUGCAGCAUCAAACAAGAGUCCAUUGGGUUCUAAGACUGCUUUAAACAAAUCAGGAAGUGGUACCAAUCUUCGCAAAACCACAAGCGGCACUAGUUUGACAAAAACUAAUAGCGGCUCAUCAUUGAAUAAAUGUGGAUCAAACACAAAUCUGAAGAAAAUGGCUAAUGGUAGCAAGAGCGAACUAAAGAAAUCUGACAGCAACGCCAGCAUUAAAACUAACUCUCGACCAGGUACACCAAAUGGUAGGAGGCUGUCUAAUGGAUCUACUUCAACAUCCAGAAAAUCAGAUAGUUCAACGCCUACUAAAACAGUUACAACCCCAACCAGUGACACUAAGAAACCACCAACAGGUUCAGUGGGGAAGAAGCAAGUGCCAAGUAAGAUUGCAAGUUUAUGGAAGAAAGAAGAAAAUGGUCAAGAAAAUUCUCCCACUAAAGAGUCUUCUUCAAGAUUGCCCACAGCUAAUAACAAGUCAGCUACAAAACCGGUAACGCCCAAAAGAACAAGCAGUUUGCAAAAUGGCAAUGGUGUUAAAACUAAGACACCACCUCAGAAAUCUUCCAGUCAGAAUCUUGUAAUCCCUGACAAACCUUCACCUGAUGGCAUUUGUAAAAGUUCAACUUAUGAUAAAAUCACCAUUGUUUCUGAUGAAGCUGGAACUGAAGAUUUGGAUGGUCAAAUUAAUGCCAGCAGCCUUGAAGAAGUAUCUGAUCCAGCUAAUACUACAGUUAAUAGUGUAUUCAAUUUAACUGACAAUUCAAGUGAACACAAUUCUAUGGAUUCCCUAAAUGCCUGUCAUUUAGUUAACAGUGGCACAUGGAAGAAAAAGAAGGGAAGCUCCAAUCAUAGUUUACAAUUACCUAAUGCUGAUGAAACCUGUAGAUCUUCUGGUUCAGUUAGUAGUGUUUCUGACUCUGUGAAAGAUGAUACUAGUUUGAGUGGUCCACUGGGCACUGAUAUCACUGGAAAUAGUGAAAUUUGGGUAAAACAUGGUGAAAAAUCAAAGUCGGGCAAAAAUAAGGACAAAGCCAAAAAAGAAUCAAAAUCGAUGGCCCAAAGUAUUAAAUCAACUCUAUUUGGCAAAAAGCCUGGCUUAAGUAAAAUAUUUGGCUCCCAGAAAAGUAAGAACCCUCUCAAAAAAGAAUCUGAAAAGACAUUAUCUGCUAAACCUUUACACCAGGAAUCUCGUACUAGUCCGUCUGCAAUAGUUCCACCUUUUAAUUAUAGCCCCCCUGUUAAUACACCACCUACGCCUAAAAUAUCUGACAUUCAGAAUAAUGACACAAACAAUGACAAUAAUCAAAAUAAAAAAUCAUCCUUGCCAACCCCAGCUAAACACGCUACCAAAACUGAAAUGUUAUUGGCACGAAGGCGGUCAUAUCUGAGCAGUAAAAACGAUGUUAAUUCCGAGGAUGACUCGAAAAUGCCAUGUAUGGUGACCACAGUUUAAAUUGUGCAGUGUAAAAAUUAAUAAAAGAAAAAUCAAACAAACUUUAGAACUGUAUGUAAAAAAUAUUUUAUGGUGUAGUUUCGCCUAUCUAUUUUUUAAUUGUCAGUUUCAAUUCGGAAAUGGUCAAUUGAUUGGUUCACUAAAUUGUAUUAGUAAAAGAAAAAAUACAUGGACUACAUAUUGCUUUCGUCAUUCUGAUAUAGGAGAUAUCAUUUUAUUUUGAUCAGUAUUGAUUUCUGCUCUUUGUGUUAAUUCAUACUUCUUUUUUUCACCAUGUCUCACUUUCAUAUGUGUCUUCAUAUUGGUUUUUAUAAGCAAGGUAUUGGACGCAAUGGCUAUUCUUGUAGACAUCCCCAUCCAACCAUAAAUAAUAUUGUGCCAUUUUCUAUGUCAAAAUUCGUCAGCAAGAAUUCUAUCUUUCUUGAAAUGAACGAAAUUUUUAAAAAGAAAACUACCUCUACCCUACAAACCUUGGGUUAAUACUUCUGGUGUGAUAUAACCCAUGUGGUAUCCCCACAUAUUUAUCUUAUAGAAGGAAGUUGAAAUGAAUCCAAGGUCUUACAUUUCGAUGUUUCGAAAGCAAUUAUUGACACUUUAUUUCAAUGUCGGGUCAUUUAGUUUGUACUUGUAUAAACCAGUGGGUUCAAACUGAUUUCUUGUUAUUUGAUAUGCAGGUGGAAAAGGGUUCAAGAUUUAAAGUGCACCUGACAAUUGCGAUCCUAAAUAUAUUAUAACCAUCCAUUGGAAAACAUACCCAAACUGUCAUUAAAAAAUCAAUGUCACCAAAAACAUCUUUCAAGAUAAUUGAAGCGAAACAUUUUUUGAAAACUUUAUCAUUGCCUCCUUUGUGUAUUAUACGCGCAAGGAGAAAAUGGACCGGAGAUGGCGUUAACAGGGCAUUUGUUUACUAUAUUGUUAGCUUAUUUGGAAAAUUGAGUCUACAAAUUGAUGUUUCCUGGUCAAUAGAAAUAUACCUCUAAAUAAUUAUAAGUUUAAGAUAGUCGAACAAGUGACCAAAUUAUUUUCAAAUUUCCUUACUGAAUAAAGUGUAAAAGCCAGUAAUUGGCAUCUACGAAUAUUCAUUCAGAUUCAGAAAUGAGCAAAUAACGUGUCAAUAAAGUUAAGGGGUAGUUAUUGGUAAUUUAUCUGAAUGGUGUUUGGGGAUUUCUAUUCUUUUUUUUCUACCAUUAUUAUUACUGUUUUUGACAAUAGUUUGAUAGUGUUUACCUUUAUAGACAUGUGUAUAUAUGCCUUUCUAUCUCUUUCUGUAUUUUUUUUUUUGUAAUACUUUUAAAUCUUCAAAUGUUCACGGCCAUUAUAGAGAUACAUGUAGAAGAAUACUAUAUAAUAUGUAUAUUAUCAGUUUUAAAACGUGCAAUAUUAUGUGAAUAUGUAUUUAAACAUGUCCAUUUUGUAACAUUCAUCUAUCAUUAUCACUUUCCUGUAAAUAGUAAGACAUAUUAUGGUGCAUUAACAUAGGAUAAAUUAGUGCAGAUGAACCUAUGCUUUUGUUUGAAUUAUGUACAUUGUUUCAACGUAGUAAGUCUGGAUUAUGUACACUGUUUCAAAUACUAAGUCUGUGCAUGAGAUGAGAUAAUUGCUGACAUUUUUCACUCAUUAUUUAAGUAAUGACAUCUUAUGUAUUGCAUUUUCUACAAAUCAUUGGUUUAUGUAAAGGUUGUUUGCUUAGUAUAAGUCGUGCUGGUGUUUGCUUAUUUCUGCGUGUUGACCUGUAACGAAGCUUAGCUUUAAUUUUACAACAUUAUUUUAGAUGAAUUUAAUUGUUGGAAACAUAUAAAUUUUCUACUAAUUAAUUAUGCUAUGCUGAAUGUUCAUUUAUGGUUGUUUACAUUUGACAAGUCACUUUCCAUUGACUUAAUGUGAUGUGUAAAAAAGCUCUUCUUGUCUGUAGUCAACAAGACUACAAAACAUAAACAAGCAAGGAGAUUAAAUUAUUUAUUAAGGUAUAA